AAGUACCACAUCUGAGUAUUUCUACUUCAACUCAAGAACAAGAUCUGAGUACUUCUGAUGAGUCCCCCCUAUGGUUAACAGAUCCUAUAACGUGAUAUAUAACAUGAUCCAGAGCCGGUUCCGAAAGUAUGUCAGUGGGUUACUUUGACCCGGUGCAGCUGGGGGAGGAGCCAGGGAUCUGGGUCACAUGGCUGCACACCCGACCAGAAACAGUCCCUCUGCACAACCAGGAGCCGAGCUGUUUCUCUGCAUUCAGCCUGUUUCUGUCAAUGGGAAGCGGAAUAUCUGCAUUUAAAUCCUGAGAACACAGAGAGAACCAGACCCGCGGUUUCAUUUCCUGCAAGAGUAAAGCAAAAACCAGCUUCCAGGACGACAAACUGGCCAUUUUGCUCUCGUUUCAAACUCAGAUUUCUAAUAUCGAGUCUGUCACUGCCGCUGUAUUUAUUUCUAGUGUUUUAUUUGAUUGCCUGGUUUAGGUGUGGUUGAUUUAAAUGUUAUAGCGAAUUUCUCCACCGGGAUACAUCAGCGACUUCUCAGUUGCUGAACACAAACACAGAAAACACGGCUUCAGCACUGAGGUAGCACAGGAGGAGGAAAACCCCCCGGAAAUCACACAAAAUAAAGGAUAUGGAGUCGACCAAAGCUGGGGGCGUAAUAGCCUACAUCAGCUCCACCACCUCCAGCCCUGAGUCCUGCCACAGUGACUCCUCCAACGGCAGCUUACCCUCCUCCUCCUCACCCUCCUCUUCUUCACCCAGCCGCCUGCAGCUGGCACCCCCCACCCCCCAGAUCCUGCCCGGGACACCGAAGACCGGACGCUCCUCCUCAUCCUCCACCUCCACCGCAAAAUGUGGCAUCACAAAAAUCAACGGCCUGGUGCUGCUGUGUAAAGUCUGCGGGGACGUGGCCUCUGGGUUCCACUACGGGGUUCACGCCUGCGAGGGCUGCAAGGGCUUCUUCCGGAGGAGCAUCCAGCAGAACAUCCAGUACAAGAAGUGCCUUAAGAACGAGAGCUGCCCCAUCAUGAGGAUCAACAGGAACCGCUGCCAGCAGUGCCGCUUCAAGAAGUGCCUGCUGGUGGGGAUGUCCCGGGACUCGGUGCGUUUCGGCCGGAUCCCAAAGCGGGAGAAGCAGCGCAUGCUCCUGGAGAUGCAGAGCGCCAUGAACAACAUGAUGAACAACAGCCAGCUGCAGGGCCAGCUGCACGGGGGCCAGAGCCAGCUGCUCGGGGGCCCCAUGCUGCCUUGCCCUCUCCCGGCCACUGACGCUACCUCAGAGAACGCAGGCCCUGCCCCCUCCCCGCGCUCCAGCCAAUCAGACGUCGGCUCUGACCCCGGCGUCGCCAUGGACACCAGCUCGGCCUCUCCCGCGUCUGACAGCGCGUCGUCGGAGGAAGCGAUUGGAUCCGUGACGAGGGCCCACCAGGAGACCUUCAUGUACAACCAGGAGCCCAGCAGCCUGGCCCCCGAGGCCCCGCCCCCCGCCGCCACCCCCCCCUCCCUCGGGGAGCGGCAGGACGCCUGGAACCACCACAACAACCUGGUGACCAUCCAGGACCCCCCCUCCAGCCUGGGCACCCAGGGUCAGGAGGAGACGCCCCCCCCCACCCACUGUCCCUUCAGGAUGUCCAGAGGCUCCGCCCCCAGCCACUGCCCCUCCUACGCACACGGGGCCUUCGGAGCUCAGCCCCCUGAGGGCCCUGUCAACACCGCCUGCAGCGCCCCCCUGUGGAGAGGAGGCAACAGGAUGCACCUGGUGUGUCCGAUGAACACCUCCCCUCACGUGGACCCUCACAAGUCGGGCCACGAGGUUUGGGAGGAUUUCUCCCACAGCUUCACCCCUGCCGUCAGGGAGGUGGUGGAGUUCGCCAAGAAGAUCCCGGGCUUCAGAGACCUGUCGCAGCACGACCAGGUCAGCCUGCUGAAGGCCGGCACCUUCGAGGUGCUGGUGGUCCGCUUUGCUUCCCUGUUUGACGUGAAGGACCACACCGUCACCUUCCUGGGGGGGAAAAAGUACAGCGUGGAGACUCUGAGGGCCAUGGGGGCCGGAGACCUCCUGAACUCCAUGUUCGACUUCAGCGAGAAGCUGGUCAACCUGGGCCUCAGCGAGGAGGAGAUGAGCCUCUUCACCGCCGUGGUGCUGGUCUCUGCAGACCGCUCGGGCAUCGAGAACGUGAACUCGGUGGAGGCGCUGCAGGAGACGCUGAUCCGGACGCUGCGCAGCCUCAUCACCAGGAACCACCCCAACGAGUCGGCCGUGUUCACCAGGCUGCUGCUGAAGCUGCCCGACCUGCGCUCGCUCAACAACAUGCACUCCGAGGAGCUGCUGGCCUUCAAGGUCCAUUCCUGAACCUUCCUCUGAUACUUGACGAACUGUGAGCGGACCACCUGCUCCUGCCUACAACCCCCACCCCCCCCACCCCCACCUCUCAAAGCUGAAAUUUGACAUUCAAAGGGAUGGGGGGGGGGGGUGGGGGCAUACAAUGUUCUCGUACUGUACUGUAGGGCGCCACUGCCUUUGUGAUGGUGAUGCAUACAGACACACACUGAUGGACGUGUGUGUUUCCUGUGUUUGUGUGUAGCAUCCUGUGUGUGGGGACAAACAUUAGCAGCACUUUCUGUAUCGUGUAAGCUGGUAUUUCUGCAUUCAUAGUGCAAUAUGUGACUUUUGAUUUAUAGCGAGGAGGAGAAACUUGUGUAUACCUUCGACGGGAGACUUAAAUGCUGUUUGAUAAGCGGGAAAAAAAAACCUGGACACUGAAAUGCUGACGAGUUUAAAAAAGCAGACGACAAGGAGACGUAAAGCUGCUAAACAACCCUGAAUGUUUUAAUCUGAGGGAAUUAGGGACGUAUCAUGAGUCUUAUCUGCCAUGCGAGUUGUCGUCCAUUGCGUGUCAUUAUUUGUAAAUGAUUUGGGCAUUGGGAUGAUUUAAAGUGCCACGAUUGCUUGCUGAUUUGUGCUCGUGCGUCACUGAAAGAAAGGACGUAUUUAAGACUGUAAGGUUUAUUUCGCUCCCACUUGCUUGAAUAAACACGUUCUGUUCUACAAAACUGUACAGACUUUAGCUGAGUAGUUGAACUGAAUAGGUCGGACUAUUCCAGAUAAAGUAUGAUUGUAACGUCACUGAAGUGAUUGUAAUUUAAAGGCUGUUCUUGUUUCCAGAGCUUCUGUCGUGGUGGUUCUGUUCUCCUCUGUGAAAGGACAGCAGUAUGUGUAGAUUUCUAUAUGAAUAUAAACCAACUAUCAAACAUUACUGCAUAGAUGAAUAUAUCUAUAUAAAUACAUUUUAUAAAUGCA